GAUAACUUCUCGUUCAUUGUAAAGAGCCUGCAUGUGUCAUUCGCUCGCGUACUAACAAAGAAAACACAGCGCAAGAAAGUGUCAAGUUUGGAUAUUGGUUUAAUUUUGAUUUUCUUGAUAAAGUGAUUUUAAAAAUAAAGGAAAAUGGCAGAAAAUGGAGUUAACGGCCAUCAAUCGAAUUUAUUACAAUGGAAAGUAGGGUUUAUGAAUAAGAAGAAGAAAUAUCUCACGGCGGAAAGUUUUGGAUUUAAAGUGAACACAUCUGGUGCAGCCUUAAAGAAGAAACAAAUCUGGUCCAUUGAGCAAGAUCCAGCAGACGACAGCGUAUAUAUCCGCAGCUGUCAGGGACGUUACAUGACGUCAGACAAAUAUGGUAAGGUUAGCGUUGACGUAGAAGCCGAAGAAAAAGGUUUAAACGAGAAAUACCAAGUAGUAUAUUCAGCUGACGGGAGAUGGGCCUUAAAGCAGCAGAUCAGUGGAAACUAUUUUAGAGGUCUCGAGGAGAAGGUCGAAUGUUUUGAUAAGAACCCAGGAGAAGAAAACUGGUGGUGCAUUCAGCUUUACGCCCAUCCUCAAAUCCACUUACGUAACGUCAAUCGAAAACGUUACGCGCACCUCCAAGACGACGAGCUGGUAUGUUCGGAACUCAUUCCUUGGGGAUCAGAUGCACUGGUUGUUCUUGAUUUUGAUGAAGACGACGGAAAGUACACAUUGAAAUCUUGUGACGGCAGAUUUCUUAGUUGCGAUGGUACCCUAGAAAAUGAUGCUAGCGAAAAAACCAAGUUUAGUAUGGAGGUACACUGUGGAGCUAUAUCUUUCAAAGACUGUAACGGUCGUUAUCUCUCAGCUGUUGGUAAAGGGACAUUGAAGAGUAAAAAUACGAAGGUAUCAAAAGACGAAUUAUUUACCAUAGAAGACAGUCACCCACAGUGUCAAAUUAUAUCUCACAAUGACAAGAGUGUAUCAGUCAAACAAGGACAAGAUGUGACUGCCAAUCAACCACUAGAAGAGAUAGAAGAUACUGAAAUUUUCCAGAUGGAGUAUAACAAAGAAUCAAACACGUGGGCGUUCCGUGCAUGUAAUGGCAAGUACUGGUCGCUGCAGGAAGGUCCCGGUACAGUGGAGGCCAAACAAGCAGAGCCGACAAAGAACAGUUUCUUCAACAUAGACUGGAACGAUAAUGGUACCGUUGGUAUCCAAGGAGUUGAUGGAAAAUAUUUAUCAAACAAACCCACUGGAAUAGUCUAUUCUACAGGAACAACGUUUGAGGAUUGUAAUAAAUUCAGAAUACGUAUUGUCAACCGACCACUACUCAUUCUGAAAAGUGAAUUUGGAUAUGUUGGUACCAAGCCAAAAGAAAAUCAGUAUAUAUGUAACAAAACAAAGUAUGAUAUUCUCCAGGUUGAAUAUGAUAACAAGAAUGGUUUUUAUACCAUCAAAAACAAGGAUGGUAAGAACUGGUAUGUAGGAGAUGACAACAUGGUUUAUCUAGAUGAAAGCAACAGUUCCAAGUUUCAGUUUCAGUUCUGUGGCUUGUCUAUGAUGGCUAUCAGAGCCCCUAAUGGUCGCUAUCUGUGUGGAGAACAAAAUGGACUCUUUAAGGCUACGGCUGAGGAAAUAAAUGCAACAUCUAAGUGGGAAUUCUGAGCUGCAUUCAUGUUCUCUUUGUUGACUAUCAUAUUACCUUGUUAACUAAUAUACAACUUGUAUACAGCGCCAUGAGCACUACCAAAGUUUCCUACUUUUAUAUCAUAAUGUCAAUAUACUGUUCAUUCACAUUUUCUGCAGGUUUACAUUAUAACCUAUUAUUUUAUUCCUG